AUGUCGGAGGGGAAGAAUGAGUUGCCGGAUGCCCAUCUCUUGAAGCGCUUUGAGGUGGUCCGAUUGCUUGGCAAGGGUGCCUACGGCAUUGUCUGGAAGGUGAAAGAGAAAGAAACGGGCAGGAUUUUUGCAUUGAAGAAAUGCUUCGAUGCAUUCCAGAAUUCCACGGAUGCGCAGCGUACCUUCCGCGAGAUCAUCUUUCUCCAGGAGCUGAAUGGCCACGAAAACAUUGUCCGGCUGAUGAAUGUGCUGAAAGCAGAGAGCAGCCAGGACUUGUAUGUGAUGUUCGACUUCAUGGAGUCCGAUCUCCAGCGAGCAAUUGCGGGAAACUUGCUGCAACCAAUCCAUGUUGAGUACGUUACCUACCAGAUCCUCAAGGCUCUGAAGUACGUCCAUUCAGGAGGCGUUCUGCACCGAGACCUAAAGCCAGCCAAUGUGCUGCUCAACUCGAACUGCCAUGUUCGCCUUUGCGACUUUGGCUUGGCGAGAACUGCUUUGCCUGUGGGGAUUCAAGCCGGAGGGCGGCGGAACUCUGCCGCUGCUGACGAGGCUAUGCCACUCCUCACAGACUAUGUGGCCACGCGCUGGUACAGAGCACCCGAGCUACUACUUGGGUCCACGCUCUACUCAGAGGGAGUGGACAUGUGGAGUGUUGGCUGCAUUCUUGGCGAGAUGGUAUCUGGCAAGCCGAUCUUGCGCGGAAGGUCUACCAUGGACCAGCUUGAGAAGGUCGUUGAGCUGACCGGAAAGCCAAGCGAGCAAGAUUUGCGUCCCAUCACCACAACAUCCCAGUAUGCUCGGACCAUGUUGGAAAACCUGGGAAAUGUGCGGCAGAUGCCAUCUUCUGGCGUGCUGUUCCUCCUGAAGCUCCCAGCCCAGGCUAAGACGCUGACCCUGAACCUGCUGAAGUUCAACCCUGACAGAAGGCCUUCUGCGGAGAUUGCGCUCCAAGACAUUUUCCUGGAGAAGUUUUACGGCCAGGCCAGCAACUUCAGCUUCCUGCAGGGCGCCAAGGUAGCGGAGCGAUCUGGGGAGCAUCACGUGCGGCAACGGCCCUUCAGCGAUGUCGAAAACAGAGAGCCGUGGCCGGCAAAGCCUCCGCCGGGCGAGCUCGCGCUUCUCGGCCAAUGCCUCGGCUACAGAACCAUCUCAAAAACUGCGGGGGCAGUGUGGCGAGCAGCCAGGUACCGUGGGGUCACGAUAGCGGCGCGGCUCACCUUCGCUGUCCCCGCGGCUGUCGCCUACUUCCACAAAAAAGCGUUUGCAAAGUUUGACGGCGGGCAGGGCUUCAUCGACGUGCAGGGGCUUUCAAAUGCCUUGAACUUCGUGAAGCUGACUGUCGAAGCUGGAACACAGCACUCCCUGCUGCACAGAAACUUCCAGGUGUCCACCUGUUGCUGGCUGAUGGCAAGAUUUGGCAGCCAAAACAGGCUGGCGCUUGGUCAGUGGUGUGAGCUCAUGGACUACGUGUCGAACCUGAAGAUGAUCUUCCUCCAGGUUGACACCGAUCGCAGUGGUGCGAUCGAGUUUGCAGAGCUCCAUCGUGCCUUCCAGCUUUCAGGAGUCAAUCUAGAAGCCGCGAUAAUCGUGGAGGUUGGCCAAAGCUAUGACAGUGACAAAGAUGGUAGCCUUGAGUUUGACGAGUUUGUGCAAAUGCGCCUGGAGUGGGACUGUUACAUCGCAGCCUGGGACAUGCAGACGCAGGGUGCUGGACGGAUUGCGCCAAAUCAGCUGUUACAGGUGCUAGAAGAGAUCAAAAGAUCUUUGGAACCUUUGGGCACCAUGCUUGGAAUGAGCGGUCUGACAGGCAUGAGCACACAGGGUAUUUUCUACGCAUCAAUGUUUGGCUCCAAGAGACCCUUCCAUCUGAGCACGUGUGAGAGGCUCAUUAUACGCUUUGGACAAGGCAGCCUGUUUCUGAACUUCGAGCAGUUCUGCAGCAUGAUGGUUUUCCUGAAGGAGAUGAAGAGUGCAUUUAGCAGCCUGGACAACAAGGGUUCCGGGUCUCUUCAGUUGCCGGAGCUUUGCAACGCUUUCUGGCGGGCCAGGAUCAAUCUGCCAGAGGCAUUGAUUCAGCAAAUAGGCAAAAGCUUUGACAGCGACAAUUCUGGAGGGAUCGAGUUUGAUGAGUUCAUACAAAUGACUGCGGAGUGGCAUGAGAUGUGGAAACUGCAGGAUCGUUUUAGCACCACUGUCGCGGCAGAGGAGCUGUCACGGAUGUUGGGCAGUGUUCAAGUCAUCUACCAGGUCAUCAAUGGAUCCAUCCAGACACUCCGGCCUUUUAGUCUCAACACAUGCCGGUGGCUCAUCGCCAAAUUCGGCACCUGCCAGGCAGGAGAGCGCUUCGCGAAGCGCCUCUCCUACCAGGAGUUCUUGAACCUUGUUCAGUAUCUCAAGGAUUGCUAUAUCACCUUCCUGAGAUUUGACUUUAACAGGAUGGGGAGCCUGGGUGCUGAGCAUCUUGGUAGUGUUCUAGCAGCAUUCGGUUUGACCCUGAGUGCGGACGCUGUGGAUAACAUCCGUCUUAGCUAUGAUGUUGAUCGCUCCAAUCGGCUGAGCUUUGACGAGUUUCUACAGAUGCUCCUCGAGGUCCAGCUGUACGAGCAGUGUUUCAGCAACCGAGAGCAGAAUCCUGCUCUCCUGACACCGCUCAACACGCUCAGUCCAAUUCUUGGCCAGUCACUCGCAGGCGGAAUGUCCUCCGGAAUUGUGGCUCUAGAUCGCUCCGCAUUCUUCUCACUGGUCUUCGCAGUGCCCCGCCAAUUAACACUCCAAGGCUGA